AUGGCCACAUCAUUGGAACCAGUAAACUGCUGUCCUUUCACCAGGCGGCAAGGAAUUCCCAAACUGUCAGCCAAAACCUGCCCAACGAUAAGAAAUAGAAGACCAAUAACCAGAUCUAGCUCCACGAGAACCAAAAUAAACAUUACAGGCCAUUUGAGCCACAUUUAUCCAAUGAUCACCAACUGGGCCCCCCAUAUGGCCAGAUACCAAUUCAGCAAGCUUCUGGACCAUAUUACAACCAAGCUACUGAAACAAAACUGUAAAGAAGCUACGUCAGAGUUUCAUCUUAAGCAGAUAACAUUUUGGAAGGAGUCUGAAGUGCAGAAUCUGAGGAAGGAUGGGUUAGCUCAAAUAUAUUAUGCUCUUGGUAAAACAAUGAUUCAUACUUCAGAAGUUAUCAUAAUUCCACCAGGCAUCAUAUUUGAGUCUCAAGAUGAAUAUUCCAAUUUCAGCCACCCAGUCGCAGAUGAACUAGAAGACAUGAAACCAAUUUGCAUUCCAAAAUCUUACAGGAUUUGUUGA